GUGAAGCCAUUCGCCAGAUGACGCCAAAUGCUGCCAGUGGGACGUACUCGGUUAGCAACCCAGUAACGCUGGCCUCAGUAAACAUUUUCUGUGACUUUGAGCAAGUCAGUGGCUGUGCAGUUGCAUAUAUAAAACCCGAUUCCAUCGCCAACGCCGCGGAAAGUAUACCAGAACUGUUCCAGGUCAACGAUGUUGCAUACAUUCGCCACCGUCUAACAGCGGGCGGAACGCAGAGUGUCGCAGAAGUUCGUCAAAUAAAUGCCUUCUCUAGCGUGCCCCUGUCAAUGCAAGUCAACGCAAAUACUGAUUAUACUGCCCCAGAUGAUUCCGGCUUGGGUCCAUACCUCUAUCUCGGCUUUGUGCCAGCAGCACAGGUCCCGAAUGUUGGGCCUCAGGGGUUCAACGCAGGUGGAAUGGAUUUCACCUUCACUAACUGCGAUGCCAACAAUGCCAGCAGAUUCGUGUUUUUUGUCAACAGUGCUAUGGCGCCGUCCGCUGGUCGGAAUAUUAUAGACGAAACGGCACUUAUGAAUGCAUGGAUUAGUGAGGCGAACGCAGCGGUGACACCGGUUACGGCUGACACGUUCGUCACAGACUACGAGGUCGGUUUCGGUGGCUGUGGUGGACUCGCCCAGGCCAUUGCGUAUUCCACCGUUAAUGGAGUUACAUUGGGCAUGAAAGCCGCACUGACCUGUCCCCGUCCCGAGACAGUUGCCAUGGCAACAUUUGUUGUAAGUGCAGCCGAAAGGAUUCCAGGGACAACGGUGACGUACACGUGCACCAACGGUUUGUCGGUUGUCAGUGGUAGUGCCGUCCGCACGUGCCAAGCAUCAAGCACGUGGAGCGGUUCAGCCCCAGUCUGCGGAUAAUGGAUUUGUACUCUGCCAUAAUGUAA